AUGACCGGGGUGCUGGAGAGCCUGGUGCCGGACAUGCACGCCAGCCAGAUCUCCGCCGGCAGCUACCACCAGCACGGCGGCCUGCACAAACCGCAGGAGUCCCCCACGCUGCCCGUCUCCACGGCCACCGACAGCAGCUACUACACCAACCAGCAGCACGGGGCGGCGGGCGGGCCGCCCUACGGCCCGGUGGGCUCCUACCCCUACGCGGGCGGCGGCACCGCCCCCUACUCCGCCAAGGCCGGAUACGACCUGGGCUACGCGGGCGCCUACGGCUCCUACGGGCCCUACGGCAGCAGGGCCUCUCCGGCCAACAACGACUCCGCAGAGAAGGAAGACUGCGAGCCGGAGAUCAGGAUCGUGAACGGGAAGCCGAAGAAAGUGCGGAAGCCCCGGACCAUCUACUCCAGCUUCCAGCUGGCGGCUCUGCAGCGGCGCUUCCAGAAAACCCAGUACCUCGCCCUGCCCGAGAGAGCGGAGCUGGCGGCCUCCCUCGGCCUCACCCAAACACAGGUGAAGAUCUGGUUUCAGAACCGCCGCUCCAAGUUCAAGAAGAUGUGGAAGAGCGGCGAGAUCCCGGCAGAGCCGCCCCCCCGCCGCAGCGCCUCGCCGCCCUCCGCCUCGCCCCCCGCCUGGGACUUCGCUCCGCACCCGCGUACGGCGGGCGGCGCCGGCACCGCCAGCCCCAGCCCCGCCGCCGCCUUCCUCGGUAGCUACUCGUGGUACCCGCCGGCGCCCGGCGGCCCGGCGCACCUGCCUGCGGCCGGCCCCCUCCCGCAGCCGGCGCAGCCCCCGCACCACCACGGCGGCGGCGGCAUCUUCUAGGCGCCGC